GGUAAAUUACACCCAAUCAUCAUUCGUCUUGGUGUCUUAAUGUCAAGUGGUACAUUAAGAGGAGCCAACGCUCGUACCAUAGGUAUGAUGAUAGCGUUUCAAGAGGUUAUAAGAGAUUACGAAACUCCUGAAAAUGCUGUUUUAUGGAAAGAUCUUCCAGGACAUUUAAGUCCUAUGAUUUCUUUUUUGGAAAAUUGUAGACCGAAAGGUGUAGGAGGUGGGAAUGCCAUAAGAUGGUUGAAAGGUGAAAUCAAUAGGUUUGGAGAACAAGAAUUUGGGACGGAGGCUGAGAAACAAUACUUGAUAGAUGCUAUUGGUGUAUAUAUAAGAGAUAGAAUAGAAUUCGCAGAUCAAGUUAUAGCGACUACUGCAAAAGAAAAGAUCAAACCUGGAGAUACGGUGGUAACUUAUGCUAGAUCAUCUCUCGUCGAACGUGUCUUAAUCGAAGCAUGGACAUCCAUGCGUAUCCUCGACCCUUCCUCUUCCUUCUCCGUAAUAAUAGUAGAUUCUCGUCCUCUACUCGAAGGUCGUUCCCUUCUCACCACCCUCUCAUCAUACAACAUUCCAAUAACAUAUACUCUCCUCCCUCUUCUUGCACCUCUUCUUCCUUCUGCUGAUUUGGUAUUACUUGGUACAUCAGCUUUACACGCAGAUGGAUCUUUAUAUUCAAGAGCAGGAACAGCCAUGAUUGCCAUGUUGGCUAAAGAAGCUAGAAUACCAGUUGUGGCAUGUUGUGAAACUUAUAAAUUUGGUGAGAGGGUGGUUUUGGAUGGAGUGGGGAGUAAUGAACUUGAAGAAAAGGAAACGGAAAAGGGGAAAGGAAAAGGGAUGGAAGGGGUUAUACCUCUUUCUUUGUUAUAUGAUUUAACACCACCAAGUUUGAUAACUGCUGUUUGUACCGAGAUCGGGUUCAUUCCUCCUAGCUCAGUCCCAACAGUAUUGGGCAAAGCC